AUGUCCUUCACCGUCCCUUCAUCCUCAUCAACGAAAGUUCCUUCUCUGUCGCCUUCGGGAUCUAAGGAUGAAUCCCGUAAGCGGAAACGAGCACAGUCGGAGGCGCCUGCAGACUCACCAGGAAUCGAUGAACAAGAGCCAAAGCGUUCUCGCCAUAGAAGUGUGCGAUCUAAGCGUGCUACCACUAUCAUCGGCGAUACACCUGAUGAGAUAAGUCCCAGUAAGAAGCUUACCCUCCAUAAGUCGAACAAAAGAUCAGACUUCCAGCCGUCACUUAUGAAUCCACUGCGGAGAGUCAAGAAGACACUGUCUGAAGGAGAUGUCUUUGGGGAUCCAAGCUCUACGUCAGAAGCUCGGGGCGUAACACCGCUGAACACUGAUGCCCCAGGCUCAGGCUUCAAAAUACCGAAUUGGCUGCUGGAAAUUCGUGAUCAGGCUCGGCGAGAUCAAUCACUCGUUGCUAAGAUGAAUUCUGCGCUUUAUCUGAGUACUAAUACCCAAGUACGUAUCCCUAAUACAAUUAGGGAACACCCCUACGAAGAGAGAGCCGCCCAACCUGGUGCCCAAAAAGAUUUCUGA